GGAGCCGACAUACACACAAUCAUACACUGAACGCUCUCACACAUACACAUAUAUAGUAUGAAUAUCUCCAGUAAGAGUGCAUGAAAGACACAGACUCAAAGUUCAGGAAAAUGAACCUCUUCUGCUUCACUCUGGACGGCUCAACAGACAGCCUGUACGAGCCUGCCCAAAGUUGCCAGAACAGCCAAGAUUCUGGCCUAUUACAGAGAAGGCUGUUCAGCCCCAGUUCUGAGAAGAAGAGUUUUUGGAGUGGUUCAGAGCCUUGCAUCGCCAUGAAGCUUCCAGAGUCAAGUAAGACUAAUUUGGAAAAGGCAAAGAGAAAGUCCCAAAUAGUAUCUGAAGAUGAGACAACAGAGAUGAUCAAAGAUCACAACCGGUCAAAGCUAUUCACAAGGGAUGAGAAAGAGGAACAAGUGAGUUCAGAGAAAACAAUGAAAAAUUCCUGUGUUCAGUGUGUAAAUUUUGAAUCCUGGAAUCCCAACAGAGAAAAUUCUGAAGGCAGACAGCAAUAUGUGACCAGGAGGGCAGAGGGUGAGGAGGAGGCGCAAGGAAAGUUAAAGAGGAUCCAGAAAUUGGUGGGAGUGAAAAAGGGGGGUCAAAGCAGCACUGAGGAACAGCACAGGAACAGCACAGACACUGAUGAUCAUUUGACAGAAUCUGAGAGCAAAGACCACAGUCCUGUCAUUACUUGCAUCAGUCUGACCAAAAAAACUGAGAAAAAGCCUGCAAGGGGCUCGACACGGCAGCCACUGCAAUCCCAGCAGCCCCAACAAGAAAAGGAGGUGGAUAUAAUGGAAACAGAGAGUUCCUGGAGUCCAGGGCUCUUUCAGGAGUACUGGAACCCCAUGAGCUACUCUCCAGCCUGGGAUACUUACAGUCACACCUGCCACAGGUCAACGGCCGAACAGAUCAUGUACAACUUCAACUUUACCCUCCCCAGAGACACAGACUGGGACAAAUAUGAGGAGCUCUUCCACCAGUUGGACCCCUACAAACGAGACCAGCAGGCCAGAUGGAUCACCCACUCCGUCAUGGACCUGGACAUUCCUGACCCCUUGCGUUCCACCAGUUUUGGGAUUUUUGACAGGCAGCAGCCCACCCAGGUCAAGACAGAAGAAAAAGGAGAUGGUUUGCCUGUGGAAACAGAGUCUCCUGAGGUGGAUCCCAGUAAAACAGGAGGUCUCGGGAAGAGGAUGAAGACCAUCUCUCUGACCAUGCGUAAAAAAAUGGGCAGGAAAUAUACUAAAGCCUUGUCAGAGGAAAUGGGAGAGGAAAAGGAACCUGUUGCAACUGAAGAGGGAUACGGUGGAAGUGCUUUAGCUAAAGGUUGCACCAAUUCCAGUAAUUCCGUGGAGAGUUUGUUCAGUUUGCACAGUGGACAGAGCUCAUCCAGUGGUGUGACCAGCAGCUCAGAGGGUUAUAGUAACAGGGACAGCCUGCGUCUAGAAGAAGACAUGCCCUAUACGGGCCUUUUCUGUGGGAGAGCCACGGUCCACACCGACUUUGUUCCCAGUCCGUAUGACAUGGAAUCUCUCAAACUCAAGGUGGGAGAUGUUAUUGACAUCAUCAGUAAACCUGCAAUGGGAAUCUGGACAGGGAUGUUGAAUGGCAAAGUGGGAAACUUUAAGUUUAUCUACGUUGAUGUGCUGGUUGAAGAAAUCAUGCCAGAACCAAGGAAUCGUUCUCACAGGAGGAGCAGAAGACCUCGACCCAAAACCCUCCUGGAACUUCUGGAGAGACUCAACCUGGAGGAGCACAUUUCAACUCUGUUGUUGAAUGGUUAUCAGACGGUGGACGAUCUUCGAGAUCUUAAGGAGCAGCAUCUCAUAGAGCUCAACGUUAUCGACCCUGAACAUAGACACCGACUGCUAGCGGCAGCAGAAUGCCUUCAGGACUCAGAAUAUAAUAAUCAGAGCCAUGGAGAGACCGACGAGGUGCCCAAAUCUCCCUCCGAGCAAAUUAAAACAGAGCUGAAUGACUGUCCCAGAGACUCUGGCUGUUACAUCGGAUCUGACUGUUCAGAUAACACUAAGGAGGACACAGAAAACCAGAUGGCCCCUCUGAGCCCACCAGCAGCUGAAACCUAACCACAACACCUCCAGACCUGCAUGAUGCUGUGUUUAAACCCUCGCCUGCCUCUGGCUGGUGCAAGGACAUCUGCUGGCCACAAGUUAGUUUGGCCAGAGUAUAAGACUUUCUGUCUGUUUGGGUAAAUUCAGACCUGUUGCAUUAGGUGGUUUGGUCCAGUGUUAUGCUGUAAGGACACUGGAUUCUUACAUCAUUGAAACUGUGUAAACACGAGGGUAAUUUAGUUUCUCUGUGCACAGAAAUUACAGAUGACGUAAAUAAAUUGUAAAUAUUAUGUGGGAGAAUGCUUUACUCCUGUAAACUGUUUAAACGUUGCCUUGCAGAUGUUAGAUAAAAGAGAAAAUUAAUGUU